AUAAAACUGGACCGUUCUCUGAUGCGACUAGAUUAGUAGUGUUAACAUGGGAAUCACUGGAGGUCAGACAUCCUGGGGAGCAGACUGGCCUCGGUGGGUGUGGUUAGCACUCGUGAUUCUGGCUACUCAGAAGUUAGAGGAAGUGCCAUUUCAACUGAAGAGCUAAAGCUAUCCCUACGCAGAGCUGGUCCUUUCAUUUCCCCUGCCAAGUACUCAUGUUUUCAAGUCUUAUCUUCAACUGUGUCCUGCUGCUGCUGCAACUACUACUUGCAAGGUCUAUGGAAGAUGCUUAUACAGUUGAGGUCGGAAAGAAUGCCUAUCUGUCCUGCACCUACACUCCACGUUCCCCUGAGACACUUGUGCCUGUGUGCUGGGGCAAGGGAACCUGUCCUUUGUCACAGUGUAGCAAUCCGCUGCUCAGUACUGGUGGGAAAAGUGUGACAUUUAAGAAAUCCAGCAGAUACCAGCUAAAGGGGAAUAUCUACAAAGGAGACGUGUCCCUCAUCAUAGAGAAUGUGACGCUAGCUGACCGUGGGACCUACUGCUGCAGGAUACAAUUCCCUGGUCUUAUGAAUGAUAAAAAAAUAGAACUGAAAUUAGACAUCAGUGAACCAGCCAAGGUCACCCCAGCUGAGACUGCUCAUGCAGAUUCUACUACAGCUUCUCCGAGAACUCUAACCACUUCAGGAAAUGGCUCAGAGACACAGACCCUGGUGACCCUCCAUGAUAACAACAGAACGAAAAUUUUCACGUGGGCUGAUGAAAUUAAGGACUCUGGAGAAACUAUCAGAACUGCUGUCUACAUUGGAGUAGGCAUCUCUGCUGGGCUGGCCCUGGCACUUAUCCUUGGUGUUUUAAUCCUUAAAUGGUAUUCCUAUAAGAAAAAGAAGUUACAGAGUUUGAGCCUUAUUACCCUGGCCAACUUCCCUCCAGGAGGGCUGGCGAACACAGGAGCAGGCAGAAUUCGUUCUGAGGAAAACAUCUACACCAUCGAGGAGAACGUAUAUGAAAUGGAGAAUUCAAAUGAGUACUACUGCUACAUCAGCAGCCAGCAGCCAUCCUGACCGCCUCCGGGCUGCCACUUUUAAAGGCUCCCCUUCAUUUCUGACUUCGGUAUUUUCCUUUUUGAAAACUAUGUGAUGUGCCACCUGGCAAUCUCAUUGGAGGCUUUGCCUAUGGCCACUGAGAAAAGAGUUCCGGUUUUCUGGGGAUAAUUAACUCACAAGGGGAUUCAACUGUCACCCAUUGAAUGGUUACAUUGAAAUGCGCCAUUUUACCUGGGUUUCAGGGAUGGAUCUCCCAGCCCAGAGACUGCAAUCAUGGACAUUGAAGCUUACAUGUGCUUUUCAUAUAUUAGGAAUGGUUAGUAUGAUGUCUUUGAGACAUUGAGGUUUGUUGUAUGUCCACAAAGCUCCUGAACAGGUAGGGGGGGGGAAGGGCUAAGAUAGGUGGGUGCAGUUCUUUGUUGAUGUUGAAAAUCUAAAGAAGUUGGUAGUUUUCCUAGAGAUUUCUCACCUUGAAAGAUGAAGAAAAACCCAGGUGGUGUAAGCUAAACAUUACAUAACUUGGGAACCUCAGGCAGGAGGGUGGUGAGUUCAAGGUUCAGCCAGGGCUAUGUUGGUAAGACUUUGUC